ACAAGGUCUGGGCCUCCUCCUCCUCGUCUCCGACUUGCACCGGCACGACGGAGAAGUGGUAACGUACGCACGGGAUCGGAGGGCCUGCCCUGCUUACUCAGCAACUUAUUUUGGUACUCAGCGAGCGCAGUGAGAUUUCCGUGCGAACACGACAUCGAGGAAAAUCUUUGUUGAUUUCGGUGGGAGCGAGCGUCAAACGGGAGAGAGAGAGAGAGAGAGAGAGAGAGAGCUCUAGUGUAAUGUUUAGCGCGUGACUUAAUUUUCUUAGUGGCAAGUUGCGCAUGAAGGGUUAGAAGAAAGUUUGUUGAGUUUGUGCAGAGUUUCCGGGUUCUUCAUGGAGUUACCGGGGUUUAGAUUAGGAGCUUAGGAGCAUGCAUGUCGCCGAGAGCUGGGGAUCGCAGCGAAGAAAUCCGUGGACAUGGAAAUAUUUUGUCGAAUUGUGACAACGUAAUCGGUAACUGCGCUCUUGGGGAGGAACAGGAGGAAGUGGAGGCUAGAAUUGAGCGGUUAGCCCGGAUUUUUAUUUUUUUAUUUUUAUGUAAUGUGGAUUUUAGUUCGUCAGGUGGUGGAAUUCAGGUUGCGCUGUGGUGGUAGCGGUCUAUGCUGAAUAUUCCUUGAAUGAUUAGUUCCUGAGGUUUUCGCCUAAAUUCUAGUUUUAGGUAACUUCGGCUGUGAUUGCUGUUCACUGUUGAACGAUAUGAGUAUAAAAAUCAAAGAUGUAUGCGGUCGGCGCAUGCAUUAGGCUAUUUGCUGAAAUAGAAAUACUCGAAGAAGAACAAUAAGUGUUGGGAUUCUAUCAACUGGCUGCCGAAUUGUGCGCAUUUUCACGUCAGGCAGAGUUAUGCGCCAGGAGCAAUGGAGAACUUGCCACUUUCCUUGCAUCGCUGACACUGAACUCUUUCCAACUUCGGAGUGCGAAAUUAAUACAUGAUCGGUAGUGAGAAUAGUUCGGAAAGCCCGAUCGUCAACUAUUUUGUAUACUGCACAGGAGCAGUUGUUAAUCAGGAAAUGAUCAAGAACUUGGGAUAUGAAGAGGACGGUUAAACAUGAUGUCUUUCACCUCACAAGGACUGGUUGUAGCUUUUUUCUUUUACGCACUACUUUGUACGUGGCUGGUACGCUGCCUCGACGUAAACAGCUCAGAUUACCAGCGGGCUUCUACAAAUAUCUCUUCCAGCUUUGCUUCUGAUCCCGGCUUAUGGGAAACAAUUUAUGAUCCACGGCAAUGUGAGCGCUCUCAGCCUAGAUACAAGGCGCAUUGUUAUGAGGAACUGACGAACCAGUCACUUCUUUGUGAAGCCGACUUGAGUGGUGUUGGAUCCUUAGACACUGUUUGCAAACUUACUACAUCGGUCAAGCUGGGAGCAAAUUCCGCUUUAGUAGGAAAGGGAACCCUAGAGAUUUUUCAGAAUGUGACUCUGUCUUGUGCACAGCCUGGAUGUGAAAUUCUUAUUCUAAUAUCCAGCAAUCUCAUCUUAGGAUCGAAUUCUACCAUUAGAGGCGGCACUGUAACAAUCCAAGCCGCCAACUUGACCGUUGGUAAUCAUGCAUCAAUCGAAGCUUCAUCUUUGGCAGGAAGCCCUCCAGCUCAAACAAGUGGGACGCCUCAGGACUUGGAAGGAGCAGGAGGUGGGCAUGGAGGUCGAGGCGCAGCUUGUGAGCGCGAUGAAAGCAAAGACCAGGUUAACACAUGGGGAGGGGACACAUACAACUGGGAAAAAUUAUCCAAGCCAUGGGUCCAUGGAAGCCGUGGUGGCACCACCGAAGUUAACGUAUCUGAUUUAGGUGGAGAGGGAGGCGGCCGCAUUUCCAUCAUAGUGGAUGAUGUACUGAAGUUAGCUGGAACCAUAGAAGCUAAUGGAGGCUCUGUAGGAAAUAGGGGUGGUGGAGGCUCUGGUGGAAGUGUCAUGAUCAAAGCGCAACGAAUUGAAGGAGCUGGAGGAAAAAUAUCUGCUACUGGAGGGAUAGGGAGAGGCGGCGGCGGAGGAGGUCGCAUCGCCAUCGAUUAUCAGCAAAUGCAGGAUGUUGACGUCUUCGUUAACGGUGGUGAUAGUCUAGGAUGUCCACAAAAUGCGGGGGCAGCGGGCACUCGAUUCGAUGUCUUGUCGAAAUCAUUGUAUGUUUCAAAUAAUUACAAGCAAUCCAAAACUGAUACAGUAUUUCUUACGUUCCCUCUUCGACCUCUUUGGGGUAACUUGGUCGUGGAGCAGUCUGCGAGGGUUGGAGUUCCUUUGCAAUGGAGCAGAAUUCAGGUAUUGGGAACUGUGAAUCUGUCGUCAGGAAGCUGCCUCAACUUUGGAAAUGCAAAAAUCCCUACUUCACAAAGCGAGCUGUAUGCAGAUGAUUACACAAUGGAAAACUCUACUCUCACGGUAAAUGGAGCAUUGUGGCUGGUCUCCAAAAUGUUUACGUUGAAGCAAUCCAAAAUUGAUAUAGUAGCUGGUUCUGAUGACUGGAUGGUAGGCACCUCUACUGUGGAGGCGAGCAACAUCGCAUAUGUAGGGGGUGGGUCAGAAAUCAGGUCGAAUGCGAACUUAGGAGUCCACGGCCAAGGCAGAUUGCAAUUGCAGGGUUAUGGAGACUCUAUAAAAGCGCAACGUCUCUUUCUCUCGUUGUUUUAUAACAUUACCAUUGGUCCCAAGGCAGUCUUGCAGGCACCAUUAAAAUCAUCGUCAUCUAUCAAAUCUGAAAUUACCGCUAUGUACUGUGAGAAUAAUUUUUGUCCCAUGGAGGUGCUGAGACCGUCUGAGGAUUGCAACGUGAAUACCUCAUCACCGUUUACCCUUCAGAUUUGUCGGGUAGAAGAUGUAAAUAUUUUCGGGGAAGUAUCUGGGAGUAUUGUGCACAUACAGCGUGCUCGCACAGUGACCAUUAGUCCUGAGGGUGUCGUAUCUGCUACUGCUCUGGGUUGCCAUGAAGGCUUGGGAAAAGGGAAGAGUGGAAAAGGGAGAAGCGGGAAAGCGGGGACUGGGGGAGGUGGAGGGCACGGGGGCAAAGGUGGCGACGGUGUUUUGGGUGAUUCUAGGUUCGACGGAGGUAUAACAUAUGGUAGCAGUGAAUUGCCUUGUGAGCUCGGUAGUGGGGGUGGCAAUCCUGGCCUUGGAAGUUCUACUGCUGGCGGUGGACUAAUUGUUGUGGGUUCUCUGGAGCACCCAAUAACAACACUGGAGGUAUUUGGAGCCCUCUCUGCGAAUGGAGAGAGCUCAAGUGAAGUGGGGAGCACGACUGAAGCUGAGGUAGAAGGCUUAGGUGGAGGCUCUGGUGGAAGCCUUCUUCUCUUCGUAGCAUCGAUCCUUCUCGGUAAUGGUUCACUUUUGUCUACUGGAGGUGGCAAUGGUGGUUUAGGUGGUGGGGGUGGUGGGGGAGGUGGGCGAGUUCACUUUCAUUGGUCCAAGAUUCCUACCGGGAAUGAAUACAUGCCCGUUGCUACUGGAGAAGGUCGCAUUGUAACAAGUGGAGGAAUAAGUAGAGGUGCAGGAUUUCAUGGAGAUCACGGCUCUAUUACUGGGAAGGAGUGUCCGCAGGGUCUCUUUGGCAUUUUUUGCGAGGAGUGUCCUGUCGGGACGUACAAGAAUGAUACAGGGACUUCAAAAGAUCUCUGCAGACGGUGUCCUCCUGAGAAGCUCCCUCGUCGUGCCAAUUACAUUUAUGUUCGUGGUGGUGCUUCUGAACCUACUUGCCCAUAUAAAUGCACCUCUGAUAAGUAUCGGAUGCCACACUGUUAUACCGUGCUUGAGGACUUGAUUCACAAGCUUGGAGGCCCCCAUCUAUUUUCCUUGUUGAUGUUAUGUGUAAUGGUUACUUUGGCUUGUGUGCUAAGUGUAGCUCGCAUGAAAUUGGUUGGAAAUGACGACUUCUCCAUGCCUGCUGCUACUCCUCAUGGGCCACAAAUAGAUCAUUCUUUACCAUUUUUGGAGUCUUUGAAUGAGGUGCUUGAAACGAAUCGUGAUGAGGAUUCAGAAAGUCAUAUACAUCGAAUGUACUUCAUGGGAUCAAACUCCUUUGGCGAGCCUUGGCAUCUACCGCACUCUCCUCCAGAUCAGAUUGCUGGUUUUGUAUAUGAGGAUGCUUUUAACAGGUUUGUGGAGGACGUCAAUAGCUUAGCAGCAUAUCAAUGGUGGGAAGGGUCCGUGCAUAGUAUCCUGAUAAUGCUUGCCUACCCCUUUUCCUGGUCAUGGCAGCAAUGGCGAAGGCGGGAAAAGUUACAUCGCCUGCAGGAAUUUGUACGGUCGGAAUAUGAUCAUGCAUGUUUACGUUCUUGUCGGUCCCGAGCUCUUUAUGAGGGUCUAAAGGUAGCUGCUACCCCGGAUUUAGUCCUGGGAUACGUUGAUGUGUUCCUCGGAGGAGAUGAGAAGGGACCUGACUUACCACCUAAAUUACGACAAAGGUUGCCAAUGUCUAUCAUAUUUGGGGGCGAUGGAAGCUACUUAUUUUAUUACAGUCUUGAUAGUGACAAUCUUCUUACAAGCCUUCUUUCCCAGCAGGCUGUCCCGGCAACAAUGUGGUACAGACUGGUUGCUGGAAUAAAUGCACAGCUUCGUACUGUUCGGCAGGGUUCACUACGCACCACCUUGUUGCCACUCAUUACCUGGCUCGAAACCCACGCCAAUCCAUGGCUGUUCGAAAAAGGUUUGCGUGUCGACUUGGCCUGGUGUCAGGCUACCGCAUCAGGAUACUACCAAUUAGGUGUAGUACUGAACGACGCAGACGAGGUCCCUGAUAACUUCCAACCCUUAGACAUGCUCACAGUGCCUCGCUCUCCUGGCAGUGCAAGCUCUGGGGGCUAUAAAAAACCCGAUGAUGGGCAGCGGAUUCGACGACGGCAGUCCUGGCAUCUCAGUCCAAGCUACUCUUCUCUUGGUAUAUCUAGGCGACGAAUUGGAGGAGCCACGCUGGAUGUGAUUUCAGUUAAAGCACUGGAGGAUAGGCAUUAUAACUUUUUCCCUUUGUCUUGCCUUCUCAGGAACAUCCGAGCUACUGGCCAUCAGGAAGCUGUGGGAUUGGUCGUAUCGCUAUUUCUUCUCGUUGAUUUGACCUUAUCUUUGCUCAUGCUGCUGCAAUUUUACUCCGUGGGUAUAGAGGCAGUCUUAAUUAUUGUCCUAGUCCUGCCGUUGGCUGCACUUCUACCUACUGCUGCUGGCUUGAAUGCUCUGUUCAGUUCUGAGGCACGAAAGUCAACUGGCCUUGCCCGAGUUUAUGCACUGUGGAAUGUUACUUCCAUUGUAAAUGUGUUGGUGGCAUUGGUGAUAGGCUUCAUCCACUACAGCUUGGAAGUAGGUCCUGGCUAUAACAAAGCGCCAGCUGGACAAUCCAACACGGAAGAAGGUAGCUGGUGGUUUUUACCCACUCUGCUGCUGCUGACAAAACAUUUGCAAGCCCGUAUGAUUGACAUGUAUAUUUCCAACCUUGAAAUUCAUGACCGCUCUCUGUAUGCAAGUGACCCAAUGAAAUUUUGGGACCCGUAGAAGCGAUCGCUUUACUCCAAAUAUUGUAGAAAGGUAUCAGUUACUCUGCCACAUCACAAUUGGUAAGCUUUGCUGCACCAUAGUCUCCAAAUAACCUUUUAAACGCAGUGACAUGUGAGAGUUGUUCAUUCCUGUAAGAUUAUGAAAUCUGGAGUUAGUGCAGUUGAAAUUGCCACCCCAUGGUUGAGUGGCUAUUGAGACUCUAGAAAAAUGCUCCGUCGAAUUUUAAAAAGGUUACCUUUGACGUCAUAAUUAGGACAAAUAGUUUGCUGCUUGCACAUCCUACUGGUUUCACACUCUGUUGAAGUUGUGCUAGACCGUAGAAUGGGCUUUUACAUUCUUCGUAGGGAUGAACUGGUCAUAAUGUAGAUACGUGGCAGAUGCAAAGUUGGAUCCUCAAGGUGUUGUAGACCUUGGAAAAUCAAGUCAAUAAUUACCUCAUUGCUUUCAAACCGUAUCACCAUAUUCAAGAGAGCCUGUGGUACCUGGUUGUAAAUUAUAGCAACUUCAGAGCAUAUUUCUCUAAGAGCUUGAAUAUGCAUUUGCAUAACAAUUCUGAA